AUGGCCCUCUGCUUAUGUUACCGCCAAUAAGCUGAAAAGUUUUUUUUUUUUUUUCGUCUAUCCUUGUAAACAGGACAAACCAUAAGACGUAGCCAUGUUUCUUUGGCUGUCUCUGGUUUGGGCACAGAUGCUGAUCUCAGAAUCCUCUUCUGGUGAUCAGGAGUUGCGCCUCUUUCCUCUUCCAAAACUCUUACACCCACACCUGCAUCCUCACGCACACCUGCAUCCUCACUACAAUGUGGACAAGAACCAAGACCAAACCCAACAGCGCCACCAUGAGGCCAGGGUAGCUAAGGGACGACCAGAGGCCUUUUUGAAGUCCAGGUUUCGUCCGGAGCAUGGACAGUGGGGUGUAAACCUGCUGGCCCGACCACACCAUGAUGUAGUUCCAGAGCAUAUUGAGGUGUCUGCACAACACUUGGUCACUGUGUACUUGGCUGUGGACGUGCGGAGGCUGAACAUCAGUCUUCUUCGCUGGUUUCGGGAAGGAGUUGCAGCUGCUUUGGGUGUUCCUGUCAGAGAUGUACACAUCAACCGCCUCAAUGAAGAGAAGAAUGGCAUCGAGCUUUUCGUCUCCUCUCAUAGGCUGGGGAUCUUGGAGCCCCGUCCAGCUGAAGAAGUCAUCCAGUCACUGAACAUCAGGGUUCUCCACCACCACCUGGGGCACUUUGGUAUCACCGAGGUUUCUACAGAGAAAAACGUUCUCCAGGGCCAGCAGAGGGAUCCCGUGUGGAGCAGAGACGGCUUCUAUGCAGUCUUUCUCUUCUUCACCAUCUUUGUUAUUGUCAUCACAUGCUUAAUGGUUUUAUACCGACUCAAAGAGAAAGUCCAAAUUUCUCAAAGACAGGUGAAAGCUCCCCCUGACUACAGGCCAAAAGUCUGUGAUCCCACAGGCUCAUCUCAGAGCCCAACCAACGUCACCAAGGCUGUGACUGCCAGAAGCAUGGUCCAGGCUGAGCUACCUCCUUCUAUAGCCACGCCCAUUCCCCAGCAGCAGCCAAUCACAGCUUGUCGUCUUGUGCCUCCUGUCAUUCCUAUACCAAGCCCCACACCUGCAGUAGUGAAAAGUUUGGACCCCACUCCCUUGAGCACCCCGGCAUCUUCAAACGAGUUAAAGCCUUGUCCCUCCCCUUUCAGAAUGAAACCUGCUGCAGGACUUCAAGAGAGGCGUGGUUCCAAUGUGUCUUUAGUGUUGGAUAUGUCAGCUCUGGGUGCAGUUGAGCCCCUAAAUGUUACCGUGGUGACACCCCGGGAGGCUGCAUCAAAAGAGUACCUACUGUCGGCUGGUCGUCCACUGACACGCCAAGAGCUUCGCGAAAUCAUCAAUAACACACACAAGCUACACGCUGAAUUUGCUGAAAUUCCGAUGAACUUUAUAGAUCCUAAAGAACUAGAUAUUCCAAACAAUGGGACAAAAAACAGAUACAAGACCAUCCUACCAAAUCCUCAUUCUAGAGUUAUUUUGAAGUCCAAAAAUUGCAAUGACUUGCUGGGGUCCUACAUCAAUGCUAACUACAUACGGGGUUACCUUGGCAACGAGAGGGCAUACAUUGCAACACAGGGUCCAAUGGUGAACACUGUGAAUGACUUUUGGCAGAUGGCCUGGCAGGAAGAGUCUCCUGUUAUUGUCAUGAUCACCAAACUGAAAGAGAAAAACGAGAAGUGUGUUCUGUACUGGCCUGAGAAGAGGGGCAUCUAUGGAAGGGUCGAGGUUUUGGUGAACAGCACCAGAGAGAGUGAACACUACACCACCCGCAGCCUCACACUGAAGUGUGGAAACCAAACACGCAUAGUUCAGCAUUACUGGUACACCUCAUGGCCGGACCACAAAACUCCAGACUCGGCGAUGCCACUGUUGGAGCUCAUGACAGAUGUUGAGGCAGAGAGGAGGUCCGCUGCCUCCAUGGGGCCAGUCAUUGUCCACUGCAGUGCUGGUCUUGGUCGGACGGGCUGCUUCAUUGCUACAACAAUAGGCUGUAGACAGUUACAGUUGGAGGGUGUCGUUGAUGUGUUGAGCAUCACCUGCCAGCUCAGAGCAGACAGGGGAGGGAUGAUUCAGACAGGAGAGCAGUACGAGUUUGUCCAUCACGCCUUAAGCUUGUUUGAAGCCCAACUCUCCACUGAAACUGGACCCUGAAAUGUAGAUCCACACUGGACUUUACCAGGAGGUGUUUUUCUGUGUUUAUAAAGGAAGUAAUGGCAGAUAUGUGGAUGUAAUAUGGGACUAAGGACGGGUGGGUGAUCCACAGUGGAGUGAGCUGGACCAACAUUUUGGCAAAGCUUUAAAAGAGAGACAUCAAUAUGAAAUGUUUUUUUCUGUUUUUGCUCUCUAUGAAGUAAUACAGCAAAAUGAGAGGCUGUGGGUGUUUUGUUAUAAUGUUAACUCAAUGGUGGUUCAAUAUUCACUAACAAUAUUGUCUGUCUCUGUCUCAUAGGAUAUAGGGUAUUGUUGCCUCAAGGAUAACCAUUAGACUGUUAGUAUAGAUUUUUAACUAGUCUCCCCUACCCUUUUAGGACUACAUCAGAUUUUCAAUAUUGUCUGUACAAAAAUCAUAAAAAUGUCCCAAUUAGUACUCCUAUUGUAAAUAAGGACUUAUGGGUACUUCAAUGUUAUGUUCUGAGACUAUUCUUUACAUUGAUCUGCAUUACAGAGCUGUUUACAGGUAUUUCAAAAAAUGUUGAUUGUUCUCUAUAAGCUAUGUGACACAAAAUACUGGUACUAGUACUAAGCUGCAUCCUCUCAGGUUUACUACCUCAACAGAGGGCAGCAGAAAUCCUAUUGAUUUGAGUCAACAAGAUGUCCCAGCAUCAAAAGAGCCAUAAAGUGAUUUUUAGAUCACCAAUGUUGAACCAUUGCUUAUUUGUUUUCUGUAUAAUAUAAAUGGACUGAGGUUAGAGUACUUCUAUCUCAUGAUUACAGUGGUUGUUCAAAUAUCUUAUAUAUAGAGCAAUAGGUUUGAUUAAGAGGGUUUGUGUUUUGUGGUUGCAAUCACAUUCCACAAAGCAAAUAUUUUUAACUGAAAAAGCAGCCUUAGAAAUGGUAAAAUGGUGCUUAAAAGAGCACUUUGAUAAAGUCAGUUGCAGUUGCCUAUGACAAGAUAAAGUAAUGGAUAGUAGUCCUUUUCGGCAGAUGUGUUUCUAUUUCUGUUGCAUUGACAAUUGUUUAUUAUAUUGCUUCAUACCAAAAAUGUUAAAUGAUUUCUGUCACAAUGGUGGUGAAGUGGUACAUUGUAUGUUUUAGUGAGUAAAAAUCUUAUUUUUAUACAGUUUUUGUAACAUAUAUAAAAAUUUAUUUUAGCACCUUUGCACCACUUGAAAUGGUCAAAAUAGAGGAAUGUUCACAUUGAGAUACUAAAUAUAAAAACUCAAUCUGCUUUAAAGUAACAAAAUUGCAAACCAUUAUCUAGAGCCAUAUUCUUGUUUAGAAAAUUGGAAAAUGGUCAAUUUGGCAUUGUGUAAAGUAGAUAAUCAAGUGAAUAUUUUUAUAGUAAAAAGAAUCUUUUUUGGACUGAACUUUCAAUAUAACGCCAGUGUUGAAGAACAUCACCGGUAUAAAACAAAACCAUGGAGUCAAAAUUGGAGUCAGAACAUUGCCUUGGACUAUUUUUCCUACUGGGUAGACUUGGUCAUGUGACUCUAAGGUCAUCAACAUGUGCAGGUUUAUUUCUGAAAACCUGUAUAAGUUGACAGUAGUUUAAAAUGCUCCAUUUCAUAAAAUACUGUUCUUUCAUAUGAGGACAGACAGUGAAGCCACCUUCAUGCCCUCAGCAGCUGCGAGGAUCACAACACACUGCCUCUGACGUAGAAUUGUGAAUUUACAGUAGCUCGUGGUUCACACUGUAUUUAAUCACUGUUUGACUGUUGAAAGAGUUUAAAGGGAUGCGCUAACUUUUUUUGAUAUGUCAGUAAACACAGUGAAAUUAAUUUAGCUUAAAUGCUACUAUGAAUAAUAAUACCUUUGAAUGACAUACAUUCAAAGUUACAUGUCAAAUCUGGGCAUCCCUUUAAACUUCUUUAAUUUGGGCAUUAGCUCAGUCAGGGUACGCCUAAAGCCAGUGUACUCUGUGGUUUCAAUGUACUCAGAUGAAUGUUGUUAUUGUUCAAGCUGUAACUUGUGUAUCUUCAUUUACGCGAACUACCUGUAAUAUAAAAUAAAACAAC